CCGCACGCGCCGAGGAGAGAAGGAGAGUGAGAGCGAGAGAGAGAGAGAGAGAGAGAGAGAGAGAGAGAGAGAGAGAGUUAGUCACGCGGAGAUGAGCUGUUCCUGUCUUCCAUCCGAUGCUUUUUUUAUUUUCAUAUUUGUAAUCGUUGUGUCUGAGGGACUACACGUGAUGACGAUAAGAGACGUGAUGCUGAUUCAUUGACUCGUUGGUCUGUUGGAACGUCUCUAACCUUCCUCUCUCUUUGACCGACUCUCUGCUGGUUUUGGAGACACCAGUGCACACACGGGGUUAUUGUCCACAACAACAACAUCAGCAGCAGAACAGACCGAGUUGACCCGACUCACCUGAAUGGGAUGUUUCGUCAGAAGAACUCGUUUCUCUUUCUUUUCCUCUCUUUCUUCCUCCGGUGCUGAAAAGAACAGCGGCAGGCUUGACGGAGGAACGACGACGGGAGCUGUCCGGUGCUGAAACCACGAGGCUGCACGGGAGCUGUUCGCUGGAAGGUGCUGAAGACCGACGACUUUAAAACGACAAAAAAAUCUACUCGAAUUUUUCCGUAUGAAGAAGAAAGCAAACGAAGAAGAGAAAAGCACAUUUUACUGGAUUCCCCGCCAUACAGGGGAACUUAGCCAUACAGGAAUUAUACUAUUUCACUUUUAAAACAUAUAUUUUGGACCUUUUCAGAGCGCUACAGGUCUUCCAGCUGCAAGUUAUCCGAAUGAAAACAGACUUUUCUUUUCCCUCAUAGCUUCCAUCAAUCGCACACACAAUCAUAGCCUGUAGGUUAACAUAAGUGGGUAUGAUAAAGAUGCACAAGCACGUGAGGAGCGCUUGUUGACUUUGUUCUUUAAAGGCCAUGUCUCCUCUGCACUUUCCAGCCAGUCUGAUGGGAGCACAGUAGAGUUCAAUCAGGUGUUUCAGAUUUCAGGGUUUUUGGUCAACUUGGACGAGGGGUUAGUGUAGAAAGAGGAAGUGCAAGUGUGUGUGUGUUUUGUAUAAGUAUUGGAGAAACUACUGUGCCAUCAUGCCUCGCUCUUUCUUGGUGAAGAAAGUCAAACUGGACGGUUUUUCAGCUGCGGAGCUGGAGAGCUCGUACGGUCACAGCCGAAGAGAGUCGCUCAGCCUGCGAUUCCACCACCAUGAUAAAGGCUACGUCAGCGAUUAUCUGAGUCCAAAUCCGUACGAUGAUGUGGUGGAAGGUGACUCAUCCGUCAUCUCUAAAGUACCCUCCCCAAGCCACUCGUCAAUCAUCUAUAGCCGCAUCAACAACACCUACACCGAUAUCCAUGCAGACAUCCAUAGUGACAUCCAUAGCGACAUCCACAGUGACAUCCAUGGGGAUUCGGACCAGCCAGACAGCCCGAGGUCUGAGGUCUCAUCCUCGGCCGGCGGCUACAUCAACGGGGACACGGCCGUUAGCGAGGGCUACACAGUGGAUGCCUUUUUCAUCAUGGACGGACGAUCGCGGAGGAAAGCCACAGAAAGCCCCAGAGGAGCCACCCAGAGGCACACCUGCAGCGAGUGCGGCAAAACCUACGCCACCUCCUCCAACCUGAGCCGGCACAAGCAGACGCAUAGGAGCAUAGACAGCACAAUGGCCAAGAAGUGCCCCACCUGCGGGAAAGUGUACGUGUCCAUGCCCGCAAUGGCCAUGCACCUGCUGACCCACGACCUCAAGCACAAGUGCGACGUGUGCAGCAAGGCGUUCAGCCGGCCAUGGCUGCUGCAGGGCCACAUGCGCUCACACACGGGCGAGAAGCCGUUCGGGUGUGCACACUGUGGGAAGGCCUUCGCCGACCGGUCGAACCUACGCGCUCACAUGCAGACGCACUCGGCCUUCAAACACUACAAGUGCAAACGCUGCGACAAGACGUUUGCGCUCAAGAGUUACCUGAACAAACAUUACGAGUCUGCGUGCUUCAAGGGGGCGUUCUCCCCCAUUAGCUCGUUGGGGGAAUGAUGGAUCAUUCAUGGGGUUUAACCUACUUAUUUAGAUCAAAUUGGACUCACCUACUGCUUUUUAUGCUUCCCCCCAACAACAUGACCAGUACGCCUGAGCGCUACAAGGGAGGAGCGUUUUCUCUGCGAGGAUCGUGAGGCAAACGACAAAAAUAGAUUUUCAUCAAGACAAUUCCACUUCCAUUUCCUCCUUUGUCUCCAAUUUCCUUAUCUGGAGCAAAACGUUUUCAACGCCUGAUUUAGAUUGUCACCUGCUUCGAUAAUUUACGUCCCCUUCGGAGGCUGUUUUGAGAAUCUGUGAAGAUAAAUAAAGCACAGCACAUCUAGCUCAUCAUUUCUGAAGAAACCUAGAUCUAUUUAUGUCCAUAUCUGUCCUUGUUGUUCUCUUUUUUCAACCAAUGACGACACAACGGUGAAGCACAAUUCCAUCUUCCACCCUCCCUGUCUUUUUCUGUGACAGGAGUUUAAAGCAUGAAUCACAUCUUUGAUUUUCUUGCAAAGAGAUUCAAUUAACUUAUAUUUUAUGCUUUUUUUUAAAAAAACGAAAAUUUCAGAACCCCAGGAUGCAUCUGGUGUCCUGCUUUUUUGUGGAACUGACAUCGGACCGAACGAACGAGAAGAUGAAGUACAUGGUUCUCUGCAAGUCAACAAAAUAUACUUUACGUACUGUAAAUGUGUCAAUGGAUACAACACAACUACACUGAACUGAAGGAAAUAUAACGUCCACACCUGCCAUAAUAUAAUAGACAUGGCCAAGUACACCAGUGUAAUGGGAAAUAAUGUUUUUUAUGUGAUUUUCCUUUAAACAAAUGUCUUAUCUGGACACACACACUUAUACUGAUUAUACAGGAUUUUGUGCUUUUCUUGACAAUUUACAUUGGAGAGAAGGAAUUAAUGAGGCAAACGUGACUUCCAGUUAAGGAUCAAAUGACUGAAAACUCCCACUGAGCCACCAGGGUGUUCCUUAACAAACAGUGUUUUCCUAUUAACUCAGUAUUACGUUAUAUCAUUUUAGUUUUUUAUGUUAAAUGGGGAUCGAGACAUUUAAAAUGUCCUAAAAUCCCCAAAAGGUCAAACCUUUCUUUUGUUGCCAGUGGAUCACAUACAGCUUUGAGGUUUACAUCUUUUUUUAAUAUCUAUUUAUUGCCUAUUUAUUUAAUUAUUUAUUUAUAUGUUUUUUUGUAUUAAUUUGCACUUUGUUAUAGUUUUUUGCCUUUGUUACAAAUAUGCCAAAGCAUUUGACACUUUUGAAUUUACCGAAUACCUUUUUACUUUGUCCGCCACUUUAAUUGUAAGAACAAAAAAACUACUGCAUGCAAAAAAUGAUAGCCUAUUAAUGGAAUCUAUGCCAAUUUUAGGAAUCUUUGGGAUCUUUAGCCAAACCUCUUAGAUAACAGGCAAGUCAAGCAAAAUUCUGUCUUGGGCAAUAUUUCGUUCAUAUCUGAGAGAGCAAUAAUGCAUGAUAUUUUUCUUUGUUUUUUGAAGAAACAGGUCAUAACUGCCUGUAACAUCUUGAUUUGUUCAAGUACCACUAUCCUAUGUAGUUAUGAGAAACGAAAUUUCAGGGAGUUAGCAAACCAAGUUAGUGUUAAAUAAGGAGGGUUGGGUUAAGAGCUCUAUGUUUAAAGGAACCGUGACACUGUUGUGGUUUUUUCGAGGCCUUAGCCAGCGACUUUUGUGAAUGUGUUUAAAUAGAAUAGAAAGAUCUAAUCAGAGAAGCCAGAGAGUCAGUUUUUGUUCUCCUAGUUAUAAUUAUAACUUGGCAUCUUUACGUUAUUGACAGUUAUGUCUGUACGUGCAUUAGGAGCUGUUGGGGCUUCCGGAGAUUCACACAGAUGGCACAACUCCUUUUAGAUGCAGGGCUCUGGGUUGGGUAGGGAUGGGUCUUUUUGUACAUGGUUUAUGCACUGCCUGCCUCGUAUUAUUAUUCUAAAAUAUUGUAGAAAGUAGAUGGUACAACCGUAGGCCUCUGGUGCUGAAACAUGGAUGAAAACACAAACCCAAAACCAAGAAAAGUUUGGUACUUGAUAUGUUCCUGGUUGUAUUUUGUCAAAUAAGUGACACAACUUAACAACAGCUGUGGUUCUUUGACUCUCAGAAGUCCGGCUGAGUUGGUGAGAAUUAGGGAUCGACCUUUUGUCUGUCUGGAUCUCAUCAAAUGAUCAGUUUUGCUCCUUGGUUUUACACAAGACAUUGAUCUACAAACUCCCUGUGAGGACUCCAGAGACGACUAUGGUCAUCAAACCUCCUUCAUAAUUUCAGCUCUGUUUCUUUUCCAUCAUCUCUUGCUGUUGUCAGGUUGUUGUGGCGGCCACCGAUGCAAUUACACGCAUUGUUGGGAAAGGAGUGGAGACUUUCAGGUCGAUAUUUCAGCACCAGAGCGCAUUGACAAACACUUAGAUUCUACUAUGAACUACUGUAGCCUACUAUAGCCACAAGCUAGUUUACGUAUUCUUAUAUAAAAGCACUUCCUCUUACAAAUUAUAUCUUGCAACUUUGUUUUUUUCAAAGAUAGUAGCACAAUGAAAGAGUUAGAUUCAGGUAGAAAAUGCCUUGUGUGUAGAAAUAACAACCUCUUUCCUCUUUUUUCUACGAUAACGAAUCAAGGGUAAAAACAACAUCAAAGGAAAAGGUAAAAGUGACACAUGGUGUAAAUCAACAGCUUCUGUACACGCUGUGUCAUUUUUUAAUGAACUUGUGUGAGAAUCUUCAGCACAACUUUUUUUAGAGAGAAUGAAAACUCGAAUAUUUUGCGGAAAGAGGCCUUGUAAAUAAGCACUGACAUGACUGCGGAGUCCGAUUAUUUCUACAGAUCUGUAUAAACUGACGGUGAUGAUGAUGAUGAUGAUGAUGAUGAUGAUGAUGAUGAUGAUGAUGAUGAUGAUGAGUUUUUCUGGAGCUUCCUGCUUUGUUUUGAGUUCUUCCUCUGAGGAUUUUAAAAACAAUGUAAAGCACAAAGACAACACUGGGCAUUUUGUUUCACUUCCUAAAUAAAAACUAGUUUAAAGAA